CGUCCACGGCUCCACGCCACGCUUCGACGCUUUCAGGCCGUGCCCAAACCCUAGCCCCCAUCCUACCUGGAGUCCGCGCCGCCACCCUCCCCUCCCCCUCCCCCUCCCGGACGAGGUUGCAGCCAUGGCGGUCGGCAAGAACAAGCGCAUCUCGAAAGGUCGGAAGGGAAGCAAAAAGAAAACGGUCGAUCCCUUCACCAAGAAGGACUGGUAUGACAUAAAGGCGCCGACGUUGUUCAACACCCGCAACAUCGGCAAGACCCUCGUCUCCAGGACACAGGGGACCAAGAUUGCAUCUGAGGGUCUUAAGCACAGAGUUUUUGAGGUUUCCUUGGCAGACCUCCAGGGUGAUGAGGACCAGGCUUUCAGGAAGAUCAGACUUCGUGCAGAGGAUGUGCAAGGAAAGAAUGUUCUCACAAACUUUUGGGGUAUGGAUUUCACCACCGACAAGCUUAGAUCACUUGUAAGGAAGUGGCAGACACUAAUUGAGGCCCAUGUUGAUGUUAAGACCACUGACAAUUACAUGCUCCGGCUGUUCUGCAUUGGCUUCACUAAGAGACGUCCCAACCAAGUGAAACGGACUUGCUAUGCUCAGGCGAGCCAGAUCAGACAGAUUCGCCGGAAGAUGGUUGAGAUUAUGGCCAACCAGGCUUCAACCUGUGACUUGAAAGAGCUGGUUUCAAAAUUUAUACCUGAGGUCAUUGGCAAGGAGAUCGAGAAGGCAACAUCAAGCAUUUUUCCUCUCCAGAAUGUGUAUGUCCGCAAGGUUAAGAUCCUUAAAGCUCCGAAGUUUGAUAUUGGGAAGUUGAUGGAGGUACAUGGUGACUACAACAAGGAGGAUGUCGGUGUGAAGUUGGAGAGGCCAGCUGAGGCAGAUGAGGCAGGGGUUGAGGUUGCAGCUCCAGCUGAAUAGAGAUGUUCAGUGUCUUGAUUCAUAAGAUGUGUGUGCUAUGCUUUCCAAGUUAUGGACGACGUAGACUUGAUUCAGUUUUGAUGCCUGCUUUUGCUAUUAUCUUUUGCGUUCAGUUUCUUGGAGCAAAUCAAGGAGCUGAUGAUUCGUGAUUUCAUGGGUUGAGGUUGCAGCUGCAGCUGAAUAGAGAUGUUGCAGUGUCUUGAUUCAUAAGAUGUGUGUGCUAUGCUUUCCAAGUUAUGGAUGACGUAGACUUGAUUCAGUUUU